CACCCUUUCUUGCUGUUAACCGAAGUAUCAAACCCCCACGCACUCGCAAACCUCCACCUCCAACCUCCUUGUUUUAAUCCUCCUUUUUCUUAAUUCCCCAUUAGCAUGCAUGUUGUCCAAUCUUUAAAACCUUCUUUAGCUGCGAGAUUAAGCAACUUAGUUGUCAUCUCCUCCUCUGCUCGCCUUUCUUCUCCUGGCCUCUGGUGGUGGUGGUGGUGGUUGUGAGCUUCCACCGAACAAGCCAAACAAGGCUAACAAGGCACCCAACCAACAAACCCACACACCUAGGCUCUUCCAUUUGGAGAGGAGAGGAGGAACUUAAGGGCGAGAGCAUUGAAGAAAUGGGCGGUGAGGUGACCAUGCCCCUGUACCUGCUGAAGCUGGCAGGCAGAGUGCUGAAUUAUGCUGUAAGCUUCGUCGUGUUCUCCGUCCUCGACCUGCUCGACAUCGUCCUGUGCUUCGUGUACAAGAUCGUCGACUACUUUGUCGAGGCCGAGUGGAAGCCAUGCUACUGCUCCUCCGCCAAGGACAUGAUCACCAGCAAUGGCAAUAUCCUCGUGUCGGAGAACGGCGGCCCCAAGGUAGUGCGCCUCUGCUCCACCAGGCUCCAAUUGGAGGACAUUUCCGACACGCUCUACUCUCGCCCAUCACGGCUGGCGGAAGCCACUCGGAAGGCCGCUCUCGCUACCACUGCGCCCACAACCAGCACCUCACUGAAAGCACCGGCCACCGGCACCACCACUUUCACCAUUAAUUCCACCAUUGUCGAGAUGCUCAGAGACAAGAUGAGCCGGCGGCAGCCACAGCCGGUCCCGCGAUGGUCCGACUGUGACUGCAAGACCUGCAACGGCUGGAGCUCUUCCCCGAGUUCCGACCUCUUUGUCCACGCCGAGGGACCGAGAGAUGGAGUGGCGGCCAAGGAGGAUGUGCUGUUUAUCCAUGGGUUCAUAUCGUCGUCUACGUUCUGGACGGAGACUGUGUUCCCGGAGUUCACCGAGGCCACUAAACUGAGCCACCGGCUGUUUGCCGUGGACCUUCUGGGGUUCGGGCGGAGCCCGAAGCCGGCAGAGUCUCUGUAUACAUUGCGAGAGCACGUGGACAUGAUCGAGCGAUCUGUGCUGGAGAAGUAUAACGUCGAGUCGUUCCACAUUGUGGCGCAUUCGCUGGGUUCCAUCAUCGCCCUCGCGCUCGCUGUCAAGCACCCGGAGGCCAUCAAGUCCCUGACAUUGCUGGCGCCGCCAUAUUUUGCAGUGCCCAAGGGGGAGGAUGGGGCGCAGCACAUGAUGCGGAGAGUGGCGCCGAGGCGGGUGUGGCCACCGAUCGCGUUCGGGGCGUCCAUGGCAUGCUGGUAUGAGCACGUGAGCAGGACCAUCUGCCUGCUGAUCUGCAAGAACCACCGGGUGUGGGAUUUCCUCUUCAAGCUCAUCACGAGGAACAGGAUGAGGACGUUCUUGAUUGAGGGCUUCAUGUGCCACACUCACAAUGCAGCAUGGCACACCUUGCACAACAUCAUUUGUGGGAGCGCAAGGAAGAUGGACAGCUACCUUGAUGCUGUAAGGGAGAAUGUAAGCUGUGAUGUAACAAUUUUCCAUGGCAAGAAAGAUGAGCUCCUCCCUGCAGAAUGUAGCUAUGCUGUUGGAUCCAAGAUCCCCCGCGCUCGUGUCAGGGUCUUCGAGAACAAGGACCAUAUCACACUUGUUGUGGGUCAGGAAAAGGCUUUCGCUAGAGACCUUGAAGAGAUUUGGAGGAAAGCAAGUAACUGAGGAAGAGAAAAAUAAGAAAAAAAAAAAAGAAAAUCCCCAUAACUUUCCUGCUUGUGGCAAGAACAACUCGAUGCGGAGACGGGGGAUUUUUAUGCCUCUAUCUUCAUCUUCCUCCGUUCCUUUCAUUUCACUCUCGCUUAAAUUCUAAGUGCUAUAUUUAUCUUGGCUCAUGUAUUUGAUUUCCUGGCCAUUACGAAAGUGUGAAAUAUCUGAUGAUAGUUAUGUUAUCUAAAUUUAUAUAUGGUA